AUUAUGACUCGUCGUUUAAUAAUAGUCAAAUUAAUUCAUUAAGAAAUUGAAUUUUUAGAGAUUGAUUGUUUAAUAUUAGGUUAACAAUAAUAUAUUGUUUAUAAAACCUCAUUUAAAGUCAUUAAAUUAUAUCCUUAGAGUUUAUAAAUAAAAACAGGUGGUUAUUAAUAUCCAAAUAUGCCAUAAAAACAAGAAAAAGUAAACCAAAAGGUGGGACUUAUACGUCCCACCGCCCCUCAAAGGAGUUAUAUGUGAACGUCAGAAAAAUCGUAAAUAAAAAAGUUAACUUUUUAAUAUAUGAAUAACUAACAGUUUUUUUUCUGAUUUUAGAAAUUUAGAAGCUUCUGAAAUAAUUUUGAAUGACGCAAAUUCAAAGGAUAUAUUAAAGCUACAAUAGAAGGUUACAAAUAUUUUUAAAACCUGUACAGAAGUUUUUAGUAAGAUAAAGUCAAAUUCAUUAUUAAUGAAAAAUGAGUAACAAUAUCUUCUCCUCUUUUACCCAAUUUUGUAAAAAUCAAGUUCGUGUAAUUUCUGAACUUUGCACCAAAAGAGCAAAUAGUGUUUUGCUUCAAAAAUUAGAGGAAAAAAGUAAACCAAAGAUAAAUAAGUCUAAUGUCAGUGUGAACUCUACAGGUUCAAUUCGUCAAAUGCCAGAAGAUCCUAUAGUUUCUAUUUGGAGUACUAUUCGUUUCCUUAUUGCUUCAAGAUGGGGAGCACGGCUACACGAAUAUGUUGAUCAAAGGCAUAAAAAAUUAGGUCCUAUUUACCGGAGUAAUGCUGGGUCUACUUCAACAGUUUUUAUAAAUUCCUCAGAAGAAUACCGAAAAAUUUUUCUGGAAUUGGAAGGACCGACACCAAAACACUUCUUACCAGAAGCUUGGAUUCUUUACAACGAAGAAUUUAAAAAACAACGCGGACUUUUUUUCAUGGAUGGAGAAGAAUGGUUGCACUUUCGAAAAAUACUGAACAAACUUCUUCUUAAAACUAAUUCUACGGACUACAUGAUCCAUCCGUGUGAUGUAGUUGCAAAAGAUUUGGUGGACACUUUAAAUCCGUAUGCAAAAAACGGACUUGUUGUGCCAAACUUAAAAUUAGAAAUUUACAAUUUUUCUAUUCAAGCAAUACUGGCUACUCUAAUGGGUUCCAAAUGGUGCCAGUGUAAAGAAGAAAUUUUAAAAGAAACAGACCAACUACCUGUAAUCUUACACAAAAUAUUUCAAUGCUCUAGUCGAUUGAAUGUGAUAUCGGCAACUAAUGCAAAAAAGAGAAAUUCGUUAUGGUGGCGUCAAUUUGUUAACUCUGUAGAUGAUGCUCUGGCUGCAGUUAAGCAUGUCGUACAUCUUUUAAUUAACCUUAAUGGGGAUGGAUUACUUUACUUAAUGAUGAAUGCAGGAAUUAAAUCUGAGGAUCUUGUAAGAAUUGUUGCUGACUUAAUAAUUGCAGCUGGAGAUACGUCAACAUCAACUAUGCAGUGGGCUUUAUAUUUACUAAGUACCAAUAUUGAAACGCAAGAGAAACUUCACGACAGACUUAGAGGUAAAGAGGGAAAGGAAAUAAUUUCUGACAUAUUUUUGAAAGGAGUUAUCAAAGAAACACUGCGUCUUUACCCAACGGCACCGUUUCUCACCCGAUAUAUAUCUAAAGAUGCCGUUAUUGGAGGAUAUACAGUGAACAAAAAGGAACUGCUUUUAAUGAGCUUGUAUUCAAGUGGUAGAAGUUCUGAGAAUUUUGUGGAACCAGAUAAAUUUUUACCAGAAAGAUGGAUACGAUUAGAAAAGCGUGGUUACUAUGGAGUUCACAAACCUGGUGCUACUAUUCCAUUUGCCAUUGGAGUUCGAAGUUGCAUUGGCAAAAAAUUAGCAGAAAUCAAAAUAAGUUUAGCUUUAGCUCAGAUCCUUAGAAACUUUAACAUAGAAUGUACAAACAAACGGCCAGUGAAGAUGGUUUUACAAUUGAUUGCAGAAACGUCAAAACCGCUACAACUAAAAUUAACGCCUAGAUGACAUAAGGACUAAAUGAAUUAAAUCAAAAGUGCACAUUACUUUAACUUUCAACAUUUACUAUUAAUUUUUUUUAUUUAAUUCUCUUUAUUUAUAUUAAUUGCAAAAUUUUGAAUAAAAUUUUUUUAGAACUAUA